GGCACGACGACAUCACCAUUGACCCGCCCUCGCCCGCUGCACGACGCAGCUCUCCCGCCCCUCUCCAUUCUCACAAUGGCCCUCAGGCUGGCUGUAGGACGGCCAUUGAGCCACGCUAUCCGCGCUGCCGGCAGCCCCAGCUCCCUCGCUGUGCGCACCUUCGCAGCCGCCGCAUUGCGGUCGAAGGAUGUUGCUUCAGACAAGUCCGGCGUACCAAACUUGAGAUAUGCGCCUCGCGACCCCCCGGGCAAGCUCAAAUCACCCAUCGUAAACCCCACCGACCAGUAUCACGAGAAGGCCGAGGGCCUCCAUAAAUACGGCCAAUACCUAAUGUCAUGUCUGCCCAAAUACGUCCAGCAGUUCUCCGUCUGGAAGGAUGAAUUGACCAUCUACAUCCCUCCCGAGGGCGUCAUCCCCGUCUUCACCUUCCUCAAAUAUCACACCGCCGCCGAGUACACACAGGUCACAGACAUCACCGCCGUCGACUACCCGACCAAGGACCAGCGCUUCGAGGUCGUUUACAACAUGCUCAGCGUCCGGCAUAACUCUCGCAUAAGAGUCAAGACGUAUGCAGACGAGGCGACACCAGUCCCGAGUAUCUGCGAUCUCUAUGAUGGAGCGAAUUGGUAUGAACGAGAGGUUUACGACUUGUUCGGUGUCUUUUUCGUCGGACAUCCGGAUCUACGGCGCAUCAUGACCGACUACGGGUUCGAUGGACACCCUCUCAGAAAGGACUUUCCAAUGACUGGCUACACUGAGAUUCGGUACGAUGAAGAGAAAAAAAGGAUUGUUGUGGAGCCGCUGGAGAUGACUCAGGCAUACAGGAACUUCCGCGGAGGUUCCAGUGUGUGGGAGCCGGUUGGCCCUGGAGAUGAUAGGAAACCAAGCCAGUUUAAGUUGCCUACACCAAAACCCGAACCGCCAAAAGAGGACGAGCAGAAGAAAUAGAACGCCGAGAGCAUGUACAGUCUGUAAAUAUCCACCAAAUCCAACACACGUAUUCCAAUAUCAAUAUCGAAAUUUCCCGUUAAGGUUUCUAUUGCGAACCUU